UAAACACUUAAACCCUAGCCUAUUAACGUGUGGCCUAGAUAUUCGUAAAAAUGGCGGAAAACCUUGGAGCAGAUAAGAGUAGUUUACCGUCAACCGGGGCGCAGAGUUCGGAAAAUCUCCCCACUCCGACCAAGAACUCGCCCUCGCAGCUGAGGAAGAGAUACAAAUACAGUUUGAUCGCGGGGAUUAUAGUUGUAACAUUGAUCAUAGCAGCCGUGGUUGGGUACACCGUAGGGAAUGCCUUUAAAUAUCACGGACAACUUCGACAACAAGGUCUUCUUCACUUCCCUGCAUAUGUCGAAGAUCCAGAGUCGACUUUAAUCCUUUUUCGGUAUGGAAAACCGUCCUCCUUUUCUGGAUAUACAGAUCAAAUAGAGGGGGUUUUACGAGGCUAUAGCCCAGUCAACCAAAGCAGUGACAACGUGCAGCUCUGUAUCAGCGGUCCUCCAGACCCCCUCUCAGGAAGGGUGUGUUAUUUCCCAUUACGGAACCUCGGGGGCAGCUGCACGAGACAAGAGGACUACGGUUUUGACGAAGCUUCACCUUGUGUGCUUUUGAUGCUGAAUGGGCCGGAAGAAUGGACGCCUAAUGGAUAUACAGAAGAUACAGUACCGAAACCUUCCAGAGGACAAUACCAAACCAAUUAUUCAAUCGGCUCUUGGGAAAGUUUUGUUGGAGUUCGAUGUGAAUUUGAGGAACCUGCCGAUAUUGAAAACGGCGGACCUAUUAGUUUUUAUCCAGCACAUGGAUUCUCCACCAAAUAUUUCCCGUUUCAAGAGGCCAAACACUACAGAUCUCCACUGGUUAUGGUUAAAUUUGACAAACCAAAUCUUGGGGUACUUUUCAAGGUCACGUGCAGAGCUUUGGCGCGAAACAUCAACCCAGGGGACAAGCGCUUCCAAACGACUUUCAGCAUUAGAAUUGAUUAAAGAUUUGUUUAUCAAGCAUUUAUUGACAAAAAUAUUACACGCGGGUGCGCUUUGAAAAAGCCUUAAUAACUCGUAAAUAUGCAGUCAAGUUCUCAUUCAGUAAGUAUCCAGUUAUAAAAGGAGGUUGUAGGAAAGUUUUAAUGGUUAGUAGCGUGGAAUGUUGCCAGGAUUUUUUUUCUUUUUAUGAAUCCGCCCAUGAUAUGUGAAUGAUAAAGUUAUUUUUGGGGAAAUUAAAAACCCCUUCAUAUCAAAAUUGUAUAUUUUGGGUAAUUAAACGUAUUUUUAUAAAUAAGUUAUACGUCGAUAAGGGGAUUGUACCCCCAAUGCGACAGGGACUUGUAUAGCAAUGCGCAUCUUUUUAUUGUGAAAAAAAUGUGAUAGGGUCACUUUUGAUAAAGCGUUCCCAUCUUUGUUUUAGAUUUCACCAACCAACCAACCACUCGCAUGACAAACGUCUAAUUUAUGCAAUUGCUAUUUUAGCAUAAUGAAAUUUUGCUAAUUGUUGAAAAACCGAUUUUAUCCAUGUUAUAUUUGCCUUGUGGAACCCAGUUACAUUCGCAUGCAUUGCAAUGAAAUCGGACGCUGCAUUUAGCUGUACACUGCCCGUAAAGAUGCCUUUGGUCAAUAUGUGUGACAACAAACUUCGUCACUCUCAGCGACGCCGUACAGUCUGUUUAUGGCACUGGGAAAAAGCAAGUGUGUCAUAACUUCUUUUUGUACGUAAUGGUAAAUUCAAGUCUUCAUUCAAGGUGCUAUUUCGUGUUUUUCAUAACUUGUAGGAAAGUAUAUGCAUUUUAUUAUGAUAAUGCUGUUAAACAAGGCUACGAUAGAUAAAGAAUAAAAAUUCCUUUAAGAUGCUCACUCGAUUUAGUGACUGUAUUAGCGUUCCAGUCUGUUUGAAGACUGUUAGAUGUACUUUUAAAAGAAGUAGACUGGUAAAAAAUCAAGUUCCCCUUAUGACGAAAAUUUAAAUUAGUUACUCUUUUAGUUUAUACAUAUCUGUCCAUAUUGUAAAUGUUAGUUUUAUAUACUUUGUUGGUUGAAUUUUAAGUUUUAAAUAUUAAAACCAGUUUUAGGUGGAAACUGAAGUAAAUAAUCCAAAUCUGCAAUAAUUGACUGCAUGGGUUUUCUCUGCAAGUGAUUUGUAUUGAAAAUUAAUUAUUUUUUAAGUUUUACAAAAAUAAAAUCUUGCAAAUUGUG